GUACAGUUUAUCAGAUCAGGGUAUGAAAGGAUACUUAUCUUUGUAUUAAGAUCUUAACUACUGGAAAAUGUAUUAAAAAACUAAGCAUAUAGAUACUUUUACUAAUUAACCAAAGGUCGGUUGGUGUUACCAAAAGUUUGAGAGGAGUGUUUGAGUCUACAUACAUUUUACUAAUUUAAACAAGGUCAAUUGUGUGUCACCGUGCAAUGAAAAUUGAAGGAAGUGUUGUCAUUGUUACUGGAGGAGCCCAAGGGAUUGGGAAAGCAAUAUCCAAGUCUUUACUGACGCUAGGAGCCAAAGUGUGCAUUGCUGAUGUGAACAAUGUAGAAGGCGAUAAAACAGUUAAAGAACUUGUGGAUGCGUAUGGAAACAGCGUCAUCUUUCAGCAAUGUGACGUCACAAAAGAUGAUGACGUCAGAAAUGCAUUUAAGGCCACAACAGACACGUUUGGUGACGUCACAAUUACGGUAAACAACGCUGGCAUUUUAGAUGAGAUAAACUUUUCUCGGACGAUUGCAGUUGACCUAGAGGCCCAGAUACGAUGCACGAUGAUUGCACUGGAAUUCAUGGGUCGCAACAAUGGUGGGAAAGGUGGAACUAUUGUGUUCAAUGCGUCUGCUGCUGGUAUUGUACCAAUAGGUGUCAUGCCAGUGUACGCAGCAGUAAAACAUGGACUCGUAGGCUUCGUUCGUAGUAUGGCGAUAAGUCCAAGGAUAGAGGAUUGGGGUGUGAGAUUCAACGCAGUGUGUCCCAUAAGUGUAGAUACAAACCUCUCUCGCGAGGAAAACUUACGUAAAGUAGUGGGAGACCCAGUUGUUCUUGACCAACUUUUGAAAGGAAUGAAAACGGCACACAGUGUUAUCCUCAAGCCAUCUGAUGUCGCUGAGUCGGUGGUUAAACUAAUAGAAGAUGAUUCGUUAAAUGGCAAAUCUCUUGUUGUUCUUGAGGGCAAAACAAUAUUUGUAGAUCCGCCAGUGUUGGACUUACAAUGAUUUUGAACAAAUCAAAGUGUUCUUUGAAUGUGUAAAUUGAAAAAAGGAACUACAAUAAAAAUGAAGAAUUGUGAAAAAUAAGAUUGAAGGGCUUACCCUAGUAAGACACAACGUCUGAGUCGCGUUUAAAGUAUAACUCAAAAAUGUCUCACGGCGAAAAAAACUUCCCAUUGUAAAAAGAGCAUGAGUUGUUUGGAUAAUGAAUCGGCGAAGCUGUCAACGUGUAUGUGCCUUAUAAAAUAAUAAAUCUUUGAGAAGAAUUGUGGUCAUUAUAUUGAGUUGCCGAAUUGAAUUUUUUUCUCGAAUAGAGAUCCUAC